AAGCAAAUCCGUGGAACUUUUGCGGCACCUAUUUCUAAAUUAUCCGUUAAUUAAACCAAUUCAAUGAUGCAGGCUAACGGAUCUGAAAAUAUUGGUUCAGAAAAUACGAACGAGAAAACGGGAUGGACGGUCGGAUUGAUAAAUGGAAAAUUUAAGUACCUUACAGCUGAAACUUUUGGAUUUAAAAUAAAUGCAAAUGGUUCAAGUUUGAAGAAAAAACAAUUAUGGACUUUGGAAGGUAGCGAACAACAAGUUUACCUUAGAUCACAUUUGGAUCGCUAUUUGGCAGUGGAUCAGUUUGGAAAUGUUACCUGCGAAGCAGAGGAUCCUAGUGAUCCUGGCUGUGCUUUUCAAAUUCAGCUAGCUUCUGAUGGAAGUGGAAGAUGGGCUUUGAAAAACAUUCAGAGGGGAUAUUUCCUGGGUUCUAGUCAAGAUGAGCUUAAAUGUACAGCCAAAGCUCCGGGUGAACCUGAAUACUGGCUGGUGCAUCUUGCUGCUAGACCGCAAGUAAAUCUGAAAUCUGCUGGAAGAAAACGUUUCGCUCAUUUAAGUGCGACGCAGGAUGAAAUCCAUGUAGAUGCACCAGUUCCUUGGGGAGAGGAUACACUUUUCACGUUAGAAUUUCGUCCUGCUUCGAUAGAGGAUGAUGGUCAAGAACAUUCUAAAUUCGAGGGUGGUCAUUAUGCUCUUCAUACUUGUAAUAAUAAAUAUCUUGCACGUGAUGGAAAACUCUUAGAUACCUGUACAAGAGACUGCCUUUACGCGGCCGAAUUUCAUGCUGGAUUACUUGCGCUCAGAGAUUUGUAUGGAGCGUACUUGGCACCCAUUGGAAGUAAAGCUGUUCUAAAAUCAAGAUCAACGACAGUAACGAGAGAUGAAUUAUUCUCUUUGGAAGAAUCACUACCGCAGGCUUCUUUUGUUGCUGCCUUGAAUCAACGAUACGUAUCUGUAAAACAAGGAGUUGAUGUGACAGCUAAUCAAGACGAGAUAUCCGGCCAUGAAACUUUCCAACUUGAAUUUGACCGUGUAACUAAACGGUGGUAUAUACGUACCAUGCAAGAUCGCUACUGGAGUCUCGAAGCUGGGGGAGGAAUCCAGGCAUCAGAGCACAAACGUUCUUCCAACGCUUUAUUUGAUUUAAUCUGGCAAUCAGAAGACGGUACGGUAGCUCUACGUGCUAACAAUGGAAAAUUCUUAGCAACCAAGCGUUCUGGACAUCUCUAUGCUAAUGCGGAUUCUGUAAAUGGACUGGACUCGGAUGUUAGCAAAUAUUAUUUUUAUUUAAUGAACAGACCUGUUUUAGUUUUACGUUGUGAACAGGGAUUCGUAGGACCUAAAAGUUCAUCUAGUCCAAAAUUAGAAUGCAAUAAGGCUAUCUAUGAGACCAUCAGAGUAGAAAGAUGUGAACGCGGAGUUGUUAGAUUUAAAGGUCAGAAUAACAAGUACUGGCAUGCGGACAGCGAAGGAGUAACCGUGGAUUCUGAUAUACCUUCUGAUGGUUUUUAUCUGGAAUUACGAGAACCUUCUCGUAUUUGUAUUAAACACAUCGAUGGGCGAUACCUUACUGCAGGAAAGAAUGGAGCAUUACGUCUUGGGGAAACAGAUUAUGAAUCUGCUACAAAAUGGGAAUUUUAAUCAACCAAACGAUCAUACAUAAUCUAUGUUCUUUUGAAACUGUUUUUACAUAUUUAUUUCAAGGAUUGAUAUUUAAUAGAUACUAUAUUCGAAUUUAAAAACAAAAGUUAAAUACAUAGCUUAUGUACUACUUUGUUCUUAACUUAAGUUUUAUCUUUUUUCGUAUACAUUCUAUUUCACGCUCAAAUGGGAAAGGAAUGAAUUAAACGAUAAUGAUAAAAUAUAAUACGUGUAUCGGGUUGAAGUUUCAAAAGAACAUAGCUAAGAUUUACUGCCCUUUUUAUAGCUUCAAUGUAAUCUAAUAUGAUAUUUACAAGUAUGGGAAAAGCUCGUAUCAAG